AUGAGAAUAUUGACUUGGAACUUGAAUGGCGUCCGUACUGUCCCGCAAUAUUAUCCAUGGAACACAUUCAAGACAUGGGGCGAGAUACUGGACGCACUGCACGCAGACAUCCUUUGUUUUCAAGGCUCGUCCUCCAUUGCCAUGAAAACAACGCGUCAAGCUCUCACGCGCAACAUCGCUGUCCCAGAGAAUUACGACUCUUUCUUCUCCCUCCCCACAGCGAAGGGUGGCUACAGUGGCGUCGCAGUCUAUACCUCCACCCAUACCGCACUCCCUCUUAAAGCUGAAGAAGGACUCUCUGGGCUCAUCCAACCUCGACCUCCUCUCUCGCCACAUGAACGCAUUUCCUCGACCUAUCCAUCAGCACACACCAUGUCUCUCAUGCCAUCCAACCCGACGUCCGAAGACCUGAACCCCACUACGCAAUCUAAGCCUACAGAUCUUCUCUCGCUCGACUCUGAGGGCCGAGCUCUUGUUCUCGACUUUGGUCUCUUCGUUUUGAUCAAUCUCUACUGCCCUAACGAGACGUCAGACGCAAGACUACCGUUUAAGUUGAAUUACCAUAGGAUGUUAGAGGAGAGAGUGAGGAUAUUGGUGGAGAGGGAGGAGAGGGAGGUUAUUGUUGUGGGCGAUAUCAACGUGUGUGCCGAGCCGAUAGACCAUGGGGAUGGACAUUUGCCGAGUUGUAAGGAGGGCUUUUGGGAGCCGCCAUGUAGAGCUUGGUUUUACGAAUGGCUGGACCCCAAAGGAAAGAUGAUCGACGUUGUGAGGAGGUUUUGGCCGGAUAGGAAGGGAAUGUAUACAUGUUGGAACCAGAAGAUCGGAGGUCGCGAGAGCAACUACGGUUCAAGAAUCGACUACAUCCUCGUUACUCCAGGGCUUAUGCCUUGGAUAAAACAUGGCGACAUCGAACCCACCAUCAAGGGUUCAGACCAUUGUCCUGUCUACGUCGAUCUUCACGACUCCAUCACUCUUCCAUCCGGUGAAAUAUUGACUCUCCGCGAAGCUAUGAGAAUGCCACCGUUGACAGCAGAUAACGCAGCGCCUUCUGCGGAAGGUACGGUCGAAGGCGAAUUCGAGGGACGAGAACCGCCCAGGAUAGCUGCGAGAUUUUGGGAAGAGUUGAAGGGCAAGCAGAUGGUGUUGUCUAAUUUCUUCGGGAAGAAGGGUGACGAUCCCGCACCUGAUCCUUCGCAGAAAUCAAAGUCCAAGCCACGGGUUAUGAGCAGACCUCCUAGCUCGACGCCACUCCCGAGUUCGUCUCAGCCUACGUCUUCGCAAUCGGAGGCCCAGGGUUCUGGACCAUCGGGUUCGCAACCUGUUCCACCUCCAGUGCAACUUCCACCAUCGCCAGAACCACAGACUCUUCUCCUUCCAUCUUCGCAACCACAGCCCCCACCAUCCUCGCAGCCCGAACCAGAUCCAGACGUCAUCGAGAUUGACUCGACAGAUGACGAGAAUGACAAGCCCACCAUCAUCGAAUCGCCGCCGCCGCCACCACCCGAGCUCCUGCCUAAGCUCGAGCCUGAACCACAGAUAACUCCCGCUUUCAACGCACUAGGACUAGAGGAGGGAGCAGUUGAAGCGAAAGCAGAACCAGAAGUAAUAGCGUCUGACGACGCCGACGUCGAGAUACCACCAUUAUCACAAGCCGAACCCGUCUCUCUCCCUCCCACUCCCUCGUCACCACUCUCUCUGCGUCAGCCUGGCUCCUCUCAACCCAACGGAAACGGUAAUGACGGAGAGAGUAGCAAAGACGCCUGGUCGACGUUGUUCAAGCCGCUUAAGCCUCCGAAGUGCAUUGUCCAUGGCGAACCUACGAAGGAGUUGAGGGUGAAUAAGCCGGGUCCGAAUAAGGGGAAGACGUUUUUUAUUUGCUCGAGACCCGUAGGACCAGGGUACGAUAAGGGAAGGAUGGAGAGACUGCGAGACGAAGUAGACCAUCAAUGGAGAUGCAAUUUUUUCAAAUGGUCUAGCGAGGUGCACAAAGAGGCUAUGAGAGCGAAUGGGGGAGGCUCGUCGACAAAGGGGUGA